AACCACGUGGAUGCUGCCUUUCGACACUAGUUCUAAAGGUCGAGGAUUUGGAAUCAGAAAGGAAGUGUGCGAUUAAAACGAUGACGGAGAUAAAGGGAAUCCUGUUUUAACUUAGUUGUAUUGGAUUCUAUCGCUGUGCCGUUUGCUCUCUUUACUGUUGGAUCCGUUGCUGCUCACAAGCGCCACCGCUUCUGCUUAAGAAAAUCAAUACGAUUCGCCGAUCUAGUCCGGUCCAACAUGGGUUGUUUGUUUUGGGUGGUGGGGCUCUUAGGCUUAAUUUUUGCUGAAACGAUUCAGGCUGAGGAACAAGUACAAUUAAGCGUCUACUAUGAAGCCUUGUGUCCAGACAGCAAUGACUUUUUCCACCUGCAUCUGGCUCCCACAUACGAAAAACUGUCAUCUUACCUCAGCAUAGACCUGAUACCAUAUGGAAAUGCUUAUUACAGAGGCCAACAUGAUAAUUAUUCUUUCAACUGUCAACAUGGACCUGAAGAAUGCUACGGAAACAUGGUUCAGACAUGUUAUAUUGAACUGGUGAACAACACUGAAAGUCAAAUCAAGUUUGUAAACUGUGCUUUCGAUGUUCGUUAUCAGAGGAAAGUAAUGGAAAGGUGUAUUGAGGAUCUUGACCUACGUCGCCAAGUCAAAAAAUGCGUUACCAGUCCCAUGGGAAUGAAUCUGGAAUACCAAAUGGCAAAGAAAACCGAUGCACUCAAUCCACCACACACUUUCAUUCCUUGGAUUACAGUUAGUGGAAAAGGAAGUAAUGAAAUCAACAACAGGGCAACUGAAAACUUGAUGUCAGUCGUUUGUGAUGAACUCAACGAGCCAAAGCCAGAAGCUUGCAGGAGAAACAAAUGGAACAUCUGGAAAACUUUCAGGAGCAACUACUUAUAAUGAAUGAAUAACAUUUAAGUUCGGUUUUGACGCGCGUUAUCUGAUAAAGUGAUUUUUUUAUGUAAUUAUACUUAGUGUAAAUGAUAAAAAGCUGAUUUAAUACUACGCACAGUUUCUACUAUUUUUAAUGACAUAGAAUUCUUUGAUAUUUAAUUGAUUAAUAAAUCAAUUUAAUAACUGCAAUAGAUAAAAAAUGCUCAUUUUAUGUUUUUCUGUUUCUUAUAAUUUGUAACCUUGUUCUGUUUUAAACAAGUGCAAGGUAGACUGCUAUAGAUUGUUAAUUUCUUAAGAAAUUCAUUGGAAUAUUUAACUUAUUUCAAAUAAUACACGAUUUGUUAAUACUUGAAUUUUUAAUAAUUGUUUUGUUUCUCUUACCUUCACUAUUUUUCAUUUGUUAAAUAAAUGUUUGUUUGAAAGUU